AUGGCUUUACCUUCUUCUUCUUCUUCUGGAGCAGAGAAAUCACUGAUUAGGCUUCACAGAGCGUUUAAAGUCGACGAAGCUAUCAAUACCAGAAAGAAACACAUAGUAAUCAUCCGAUUUGGGAAUGAAGAUGACCCAACAUGCGAAGAGGUAGAUGAAUGGUUAGAGGAGGAAGCAAAGAGACUGGAUGAGAAAGAUGCAGUAAUAUAUAUAGUGGAAAACGAGAGUGUACCAGAACUUGUGGCCAGGUUUGAACUCUCUUACGACGCGGCAGCCACCAUCAUCUUCUUCCUCAACAACACGGUGGCUACUAUCCUUGCCGGAGCAGAUGUCACCCAAGAAAAAUUCAAACAGACGGUUGCUAAGCUGUUGCAGCGACGAAAUCGCACUGCCCCUUAUGUCGAAAAUGGAAGCCAGAAUGCUAUCUGCAUCAAUCAAGUCACCAUCAUCAUCAAACUGGAGUAUAGAAGAGUAAAGAGGACUAAAGGUGAAGAAGAAGAAGAAGCCAUGGGGAAUCAGAAGAAACCGGGGAGAACAACAGCAACAGAAAACACAGCGGGAGGAGAUGAAGAAUUACAUAAAGCUGCUCGAUCAGGGGACCUUGAGGCCGUUCUGAGGAUAUGCAGCACCGACCCUCUUGCCAUCAACUCUAGAGACAAACACUCCCUGUAUGAGAGUGGGUUGCUCAAUAUUAAUAUGAUUUUGCCUGUUUGUUCCUUGACUGAUGUUGACCCUAGACUUCAUCUAGCAGCUUGGGCUGGGCAAACUAAGGUAGUGGAGUUUCUCUCUAAGAAAGCGGAUGUUGGAGCUGCAGCAAUGGAUGACAUGGGAGCCAUUCAUUUUGCUUCGCAGAAGGGUCACACAGAAGUUGUGCGAAUUCUAAUAAGUGCUGGAGUCCCAAUCAAGUCAUGCAACCGCAAGGGCAUGACUGCUUUGCACUAUGCUGCCCAAGGUUCACAUCUGGAACUGGUCAAAUACUUGAUAAAGAAAGGUGCGGUUGUCAAUUCCAAGAACAAAGCUGGACAAACUCCAGUCGAUCUGGCAAGCGGUGAAGAAAUUCGUACGUUCUUGACUGGAUGUCAGACCAAGUCCAGCAGCGAAGUUCCGAAUGUCAAAGAAAAUGAUUCAAAAGUUGAAGCCCCAUCAUCCUUGCAGGAAAAUGCUGAUAACGGUAAAGUUCAGGAUCAAGAUAACGAAUUAACCAAGAGGAAGAAUGAUGAGGAUGUUAACAAGGGAAUUUUGCCACAAGCAAAGAAGACAAAAGUUGCUCUCAACCAUCUUAUAGCUUCUGAUGAUACGCAAGAUGAGGAAGAGUGA